GGUGAGUUUAACGCCCUUUCUUAGUCUGGUCACACAGUGGAGAUCUAAAAACGUAAACAUUCAUAAUUAACAGGCAUUCUUAGCUUUUGCUCAAUAAACUUAUUGCAGUAAUGCCAAUUAUAGUCCUUCACCCGUCGCUGAAAGUGUUCGUCUGCUAAAAUGCACAGUCACGGCGCCAGCAAAGUUGUUGCUACUCUCCGAGCGGAUGGCCAUGUCUACCCCAUGGAAAACUCCAACCUGAUGCACUACGAGAUCCGCACCGAAGGGGAUGUCCAGCAAAAGAAGGGGAACCUGCUGGGGCCGGCCACAUGUGUGGACCUGGGCAAACAGCUGCUCCAGUGCGCCAGAGACAGCGAUGUGGCGGGGGUCAAGGCGGCACUAGCGCAUGGAGCGCCCUUCGCUUCCGACUGGCUCGGUAUGUCGGCACUUCACUUUGCCGCCAUGAACAAUCAGCUGGAGAUUUGCGAAAUCCUUCUGCAGGGCGGAAUCAACAUGGACGCAAAGACCAAGGUGGACCGAACGCCGCUGCACCUAGCCUGCUACUACGGCCACGAGCGAGUAGUCAGUUUGCUGCUAGCUCUAAAGUGCAGUGUCAACUCCCGCGACAUGCUUCGCAUGACCCCGCUGCACUGGGCGGUUGAGAAAAGACACAAGGGAAUUGUGCGCCUGCUACUCAAGUGCCAUGCAGAUGUCGCCUUGGUUUCCAAAUUCGGUAAGACGCCGAUCGGACUUGCCGUGUACACGGAACAAGCUGAUGUGCUGGCGGAGCUGGAAGCGGCACGGCAGGCGCAAGCCAGUAAAAAGUUUAACGAGGAAUCGGAGCAACAAACACAUAAGACCAGAAAGGAAACCAGUGAAGCUGUUAGCUCUAUAAUGGACGAGCCGGCAACAAAUAAAAAUAUUGACGACCGAGAAAUGUCGGUUGAAGAACGAAUGGAUGUCCUGGAAAAACUGCGAGGCCGUAAGUUACUCCAUUCGAUGAUAUCCAGGGAACACUCAUUUUCCCAUUCAGAUGCAAACGUGCUGCGGAACACUGCGCUUAAUAUGCUAAAGACACACGGAAUCGCAGACAUGGUGCAGGACAACGAUGACGAGGCCUCGAAGGAAAUGCUGAACACUGCGUUGCAGAAUGGCCGCCAACUUGUCCUCUCGGAAGGUGGACGCAUGCUGCUACACGAAACCAAAUCGGGCGUCAGCGGCAAGCAAUCCAUGAAUGGAAAUGGUCGGCCCUCGGUCGUAGCUCUCCGCACAAAUGUUAAUAACCCUCAUCCCAAGAUUCGCAUGAAUGUCAUAAAGCAGAAGGAUCUUUCUUCGCCGGCGGGGGUUGCCAAGAACAAGAAUAUACGCAUAAUCUCGUUGACUGAUUUUAAGAAACUCUACGGAUCGGACAAUCAGCAAAAGUCCCUACAGAAAAUACCUGCAUCGUUGGCAAGCAGCUCUGGAAUGGUGCGGCAGCUUCCCGAUGGCACAAAGCUAGUCAACAUGCGCCAGUUGCAGGCUCGACAGCUAAAGCUCCCUUCCCUGCAAAGACCUUUGGAGCCCACUUUGCUAGAAGAGUCGCACAGCCUAAACGAAUCCGCGGUCCCAUCUUCACUGCCUUCAAACCAUCCUGCGUCCGGCAGUUCGCUUAGGGGACAAGUGGGCACCGUCCAGACAAUACAGCUGCGACCUUCACUCUCGGCAGGAUCCGGGCAAUGUAUAGUAAACAACGGGGCGGCACCAAGCAAGGCAAUCAUCAAUGCGCCGAAGCAGGCGUCAACGAAGUCUCCGAACGUGAUGCCGCUGCUCACUUCCUCUGAGAUCUGUCGUCAGCUCCACGAGCUGCGGCGUCAGAACGAAGAACUGCGGCGGCGAGCAGACUCCUUUCAGCGGGAAAAGGAGGAAAUGCUGAGGCGCAUAGACCGACUGGAGCAGAUGGUGCUGGUGCAGGAGUCGGAGGCGGACUUGGAUUUUGGAGAGGACGUUUAGUUAGUGCUAAGAUAGGUUUGAUGUAAGUACGUUAAGGUAUAUUUAAGGUAGUUAGCCGAUAAGUGCAUUUGUAUAUCAUUCAGUAAAAUUACUAUUUCAUACCCUUUUUUAUUGGUACCAAAUUAACUUGAUUACAUAGAGAACUUCAACCAAUUCGGAUGUAGAUACAAAUAUAUUAUCCUAAAAAUUCAUGUUUAAUCCAUUGUUUGGAAAAGAAGUUGCAUUU